UUUUCGGUCAUUAGAGAUAACUCUCCUCCAUCUUCUUCUGCCUUCCAGAAUUUCCUUCUCCUCUCUCCUCUUCAUCAUCUUCCAUCUUCUCUCCCUAACUACCAAAUACUUAUACAUCCCACACAAUACAGACAUACAAAUUCAUAUUCCAAUUGAGAAUUCCGACUUUAUUCCUACCAAAAUUUCAUCUUUGUCUUGUUGGGUUACCUCAAAUCCCAGAACCCAGAAUUCUGAAUUCUGAACUUCCCCCUCUCUCUCUGAACUUAUAUAUUCGUCUUGGGCCUUCAUAAACGGGAAAGAGAUUUUCAAAUCCGAAUACCCUUUUGGAUCAAAGUUGGAAAGAUCUGAGCUUUUUUGUUGUUGGAAAGAUCCGAGAAAACAGAAACAAAAAUGCUCCAGCUGUUCUUCACAGUGGCUUUCUCUGCGGUUCCUCUGACUCUGUAUGUUCCUCCAGUGAGGAGCCUAACCACGUUCGUGGAAGUCAUGGAAGAGAUUCUGAGAGAAUCAAGAAUUUACUCCAAUAGGAUGUACCCACGUGUCCGCAUAGCUUGGUCAAGACUCAUGGAUUGUAUGCUCUGCACAAACACCAGGUAGAUUCAUCAACAGGGUUUUGAUGCAGAGAUCUUGAUUCCUGUACAUAGUUUUUUUUUUUUUCCCCACGUUAAUUCCUGUUGUUAAUUCAUCGUUUCUGGGAUAUUCUGGUCUUGUUUCAAUUUUUGCUUCCUCCGUCGAGUAAUCUUCUAUCUUGAGUGUUUCCUCUUCAAUGUUCAUAUGAGCCAUUGGACGGAAUAAUACAAUGUUCUGACUAUAAUCAGAAAGGAAUCGUUUUUCUGCUGAUGAAUGAAAUCUGGGUUGGUUGGUUUGUUCCUGAA